AUGUGCCAUUUACAGCGGGGGAAAAAGGCAGACCUGCGGACUGUGUGGAUAUUAAGAAGAGCAGACAAGAAUGAUGAUGGAAAACUGUCCUUUGAUGAAUUCAAAGCUUACUUUGCUGACGGAGUUCUGAGUGGAGAAGAACUACAUGAACUUUUUAACACGAUUGAUACACACAAUACUGACAAUCUCGACACAGAAGAGCUCUGCGAAUAUUUUUCCCAGCACUUAGGAGAGUAUGAAAAUGUUCUAUCUGUCUUGGAAGACUUAAAUAUAACCAUACUGAAGGCAAUGGACAAAACAAAGAAAGACUAUCAGGAAGCUUCUAAUUUGGAGCAGUUUGUGACUCGCUUUCUUUUGAAGGAAACACUGAACCAGCUUCAGUCCCUGCAGAGCAGCCUGGAGUGUGCCAUGGAAACCACGGAGGAGCAGACUCGGCAGGAGAGACAAGAUCCAACAAAAGCAGAAGUGCUCUCAAUUCAAUGGCCAGGAAAACGUUCAGCUCGAAGGCUUCAGAGGAACAACAUCCUCUUGCCGAAUAGCCCUCAUUUUAGCACAGGUUGGAUUGAGGAAGACAGCCAGUGGAUGACCCAGAUAAACAGACUCCAAAAGCUGAUUGACAGGCUGGAAAAGAAGGACCUAAAGCUUGAGCCAUUUGAAGAGGAAGUUUUGGAAGAAAAUGCAAAAUCUCACAUAAUGAUUGUUCAACGUCAAAUGUCUGUGAUAGAAGAAGACAUCGAGGAAUUCCGGCUCGCUCUCAAGCAGUACGUGGAAUCUGCUUCUGCUCAAGGUGGCUGCUUGCAUGUUUCCAUACAGAAGCUUCCAAGUGAUUCCCGCUUCAUUGUUUAUGAGUUCUGGGAGAACAGCAAUGCCUGGAAUAGCCACCUUCAAAUGAAUUACAGCAAGACAUUCCAAAGAAGUAACGUGGACUUCUUGGAAACUCCAGAGCUCAUCACAACAAUGCUAGUCCCUGCAUCGUGGUGGGUCCUCAAUAACAACUAGAAGCUGUGGUUCCAAGUGAUGUUAAUGUUCCGUUGUUUUUCAUUACAAGAACAUUCCUAUAGCACUGUACAGGUGUGCUGGGUUAUGCAUUCAUGCUGUGAUACUGUUUGUUAUGAAGGAUGUGAUCUUUUCCAUUUUACAAUAUUGAAAACUGCACAUUUAUUACCUUCUCUUCUUGUGACUAGUUCAGUGAAAUGAUGCAUUCUAAAAGGUGAAAUAAGACAACUAUAUUCUAAACUCUUUACUGUGUGUAUUCAGUCCAAACUGUCACAGAGAAGUGUAUCUUGACGGGUAUGACUAAGUAUUUGUGAAAAGUUU